AUGUCAGGCGAAGUGCAAGAAUUCUACCAACAUCCAAGGAAGGUCUCUACUUCUGGUGGAGCCACAGUCAAUUUCCACUCAAGAGGAUUGAGCGGUGUUUCUCGGGGUGAUACCGUCCUUGUACUCCUGCAUGGCUAUCCCCAGUCGAGCUAUAUGUUUCGAUGGUUGAUACCUCUUCUGCCCUCCCAUCUGCCGCUUUUUGUUCCAGAUCUGCCCGGCUAUGGCGACAGCACAGCCAAUAGCUUGCGACAUGAUAAAAGAACGGUUGGCACUGCGAUCCUGGAAGCCCUGAAGAAAAGCCUCCCGAGCCAGGGAGAUGAGCUCCCGAAGAUAAUAAUCGCCGGACACGAUCGAGGGGCACGUGUCUGCCACCGUCUCGCCGUCGAUGCUCCAGAUAUCCUCUCCUUUGAAAUAGUCUCUGUGAUCUUCCUCGACAUUGUGCCCACGGCAGUUCAGUGGAACACGUUUGACAACCCCAAAAGUGCGGCCUCCAAAUUCCACUGGUCGCUUCUCGCAAAUGUGGAGAUCGCCACCAAGCUUAUCACAAGCCAUGGCGGAGGCUCGUGGUGCUCGGAGCUGAUUCAUCGUUGGGCGGGCCGCAACGAACGAAGGAGGGCCAGACUCUUGAAUCCAGAAGCCCUGGCUGUCUAUUGCCGUCAUUUUGACAACGACUCUGUUGUCAGAGCUUCCUGCGAGGAUUACCGUGCUGGAGCCUUUGAAGAUGAUGACCUCCAGAGAGAAGAUCAAAAGGUCGGGAACAAAAUCGGAAUUCCGACUUUGGUGGUUUACUCAGAGUCUUUCACCGGAGCCGCCUACAAUGUGGAAUCAAUAUGGAGAGACUGGUGCACAGAAGGGACUAGGGUGGAGACCAAAGCCAUCGGAGACGGCACAGGGCAUUUUCUCCCCGAGGAAGCCCCAGAAGAGACAGCCGAUAUCAUGAAUAUCUGGAUCAAGCAGUGGAUAAAGUGA